UUUUUAAUAUUAGUUAUAGAAAUUUUAAUAAAAAAGCUUUGAAUUAUUUCCACAUGUUAACACUCGUAAUGCCUAACCUUGUUGCAGGGUACUUUAAAAACAAACAAGCGCCAUUCAUUGUUAUUGCAAAAUUCUUCUACAGUAGGUAAAUCGUGUGCUUUGAAUUGAUUAGCAAAAAUGUCUAUAAAAGAUGAAACUGUAAUUCCUAGCGAUGAAAGGAAUGUUGAGAUAAAGGCUAGAGUUGGCAGUGAUGAAGAAUUCCAACGUCGAGUUCAAGUAGCGCGCGAACUGACGAAAUCAACCGGCGAAUUACUGGUGCAGAAGGAUGUGUUCUUCAAUAUUUUAGACGAUAGUAAAGGUGGUAGAUUUAAACUACGCUACCUACAGCCACCUACACCUUCACAACUUAUUUACUAUGUACGACCCAAUAAGACCGGACCAAAACUGUCGACAUUUAACAGAGUAGAUGUAGAUGAUCCCGCAUUGCUGGAGAAGAUUUUGGCCCAAAGUAAUGGAGUGAAAGGGACGUUGGAAAAGGAGAGAUACCUAUUUCUACAUGAUCAAACUCGUAUACAUAUGGAUAAAGUGAAACAUUUGGGAAAUUUUAUGGAAUUCGAAGUAUGCCUACGACCGGAUCAAACAGUGGAAGAGGGACAAAGAAUAGCUGAUGAAUUGAUGAAGGUGUUUAAUAUACGCGAUGAAGACUUGAUGACUGGUGCAUACUUUGAUGAACUUAAUUAGAUGGAAAUGUAAAAGACCGUGUGUUUGAAAUAUGUAUUCUUGCGAUUUAUUUACCUUAUGUUAUUGGUUAUACUAUAUUAUUGUAACAAUAUACUCUUAAAUACUUAAAAUAAUAUUAUACUAAGCAUUGUGUCUAAUUUGAUUUAAUAAAUAUAUAAAUGCAAAAGUGAAA